CAUCGAUUUAGUUUAGUUUGGAUGCUCCGCAAGUCUCGACGAUGCUUCGCUCAAACUAUCUUUUGCUGAUCAGCGGUUGCUGCCUGGUAUUCGCUGUCUCAGCGCAGAUUCCCAUCACGCCCCGGAGUUGCCCGGCGAACGAGACUUUCCUGGCCUGUGGUCCCGAUUGCCAAACGGAGUGCGCCACGCUGGGAAAGCCCUGUCUGGUCAGGCACAUCCGAUGCCCAGAUGGAUGCUACUGCAACAAGGGCUUCGCGAGGAACGCCGCGGGCACGUGCAUCCCCCUUCGGCGGUGCAGCACAGGCGGCUACGGAAACUGAAUUAACUGAGCAUGGAAUACGGUCUUAUUAGAAGCAGCUCAAACACUGAAAACGGCAAGACAAUAAAGUUCACUGGCAUUGUGUACGGCGCGUACAAUAAUGCAAUGAUAAUGAGGCCACAGCAUGGCUGAAAACGAACCAGCGAUAUCUGGGUGCGAUUCUGAUGGAGGUGCAAGCCUAGGCCUCGCAGGUGUUGUCAAUAUGUUCAUUUCUCAAGUUUA